AUGACAUUCUCUAUAUUCCCCAAUUACGUCCACCAACCCCACUUUCUCUCUUUCAACUCCGAUUCCCCAACUUUGAAGAAACCCCUUUUGGCGCGAAGUUCCAACGGUCAAAACCCCUCUUCCGACGGCUCUCUCCUCGUCAAAGAUAACAAACCACCCUUCCCAGGGAAGCCAGAGGCAGAUGUUGUUGUUAUUGGGAGUGGUAUUGGUGGACUAUGUUGUGCAGGACUUCUAGCUAGAUACCAGCAGGAUGUUCUUGUAUUGGAGAGUCAUGAUCUGCCUGGGGGUGCUGCUCAUUCUUUUGAGAUAAAAGGCUAUAAAUUUGAUUCUGGUCCAUCAUUGUUUUCUGGUUUUCAAUCAAGAGGUCCUCAGGCAAAUCCCCUUGCACAGGUUCUGGAUGCAUUGGGUGAGUCAGUUCCAUGUGUAAGUUAUGACUCUUGGAUGGUCUAUGUACCUGAAGGUGACUUCCUGUCACGCAUUGGCCCCACAGAAUUUUACAAGGACCUUGAGCAGUAUGCAGGUCGCAAUGCUGUGCAAGAAUGGAAAAAGCUUCUUGAUGCAAUACUUCCUCUUUCUUCUGCUGCAAUGGCUCUUCCUCCUUUAUCUAUUCGAGGUGAUUUUGGUGUUCUUUCGACUGCUGCAGCUAGAUACGCACCCUCUCUAUUGAAAUCUUUUGCCCAGAUGGGACCUAAGGGAGCUUUAGGUGCUACAAAGCUUCUUAGGCCUUUCUCAGAAAUUGUUGACUCAUUGGAGCUGAAAGACCCUUUUAUAAGAAACUGGGUGGACCUUCUGGCUUUCCUUCUUGCAGGGGUGAAAUCUAAUGGUAUACUCUCAGCAGAGAUGAUUUACAUGUUUGCAGAAUGGUAUAAGCCAGGUUGCAGUCUUGAGUACCCUCUUCAUGGAACUGGGGCCAUCGUUGAUGCCCUUGUCAGAGGACUGGAAAAGUGUGGUGGACGGCUUUCUCUAAGAAGUCAUGUAGAAGAGAUUGUUGUUGAAAACAAUAGAGCCACUGGAGUCAAGCUAAGAAGUGGUCAAUUUAUACGUGCUAAAAAGGCUGUAAUCAGCAAUGCAUCUAUGUGGGACACUUCAAAUCUGUUGCCCAAGGAAGUCCUUCCAAAGUCAUAUCUGGACACGAUCAACACAACACCACAGUGUGAAUCAUUCAUGCAUCUCCAUUUGGGCUUCGAUGCAGAGUGCAUACAAGAAGACUUGGGGAUUCAUCACAUCGUUGUGAAUGAUUGGGGUAGAGGAGUUGAUGCAGAUCAAAAUGUUGUAUUGAUAUCUGUUCCUAGUGUGCUUAGUCCAGAUUUAGCACCCCCUGGAAAACAUGUGUUACACGCUUACACGCCAGGAACUGAGCCAUUUGCAUUGUGGGAAGGACUUGAUCGUAGAAGUGCUGAGUACAAACAACUCAAAGUGGAGCGAUCUGAGGUUAUGUGGAAAGCAGUGGAACGAGCCCUUGGUCCAGGGUUCAGUCGCGAGAAGUGUGAGGUGAAGUUAGUUGGAACUCCAUUGACACAUCAGAGAUUUCUUCGAAGGAAUAGAGGAACUUAUGGACCAGCUAUAGAAGCUGGGAAAAAUUCCUUUCCCGGUCAUUCUUCUCCCAUAUCACAGCUUUAUUGCUGCGGAGAUUCUACUUUUCCUGGCAUUGGAGUCCCAGCAGUUGCUGCUAGUGGCGCCAUUGUUGCUAACUCACUAGUUUCAGUGUCUCAACACUCCCAGCUUCUUGAUGCAAUUGGAAUUUAA